GUGAUCUUACACGGACACACCGCGUCAUCGUGGGAUAACUAUUAAUGCAUCGAUUUAACUCUAUCAACUCUAUAGUAUUUAAUAUAAACAGUGUAUAAUAUUAUCGUGUGGUUUUGUGUGAAGAUAAACAGAUACAGAACUAUUAGGGUUAAAGCUUUACGAUGGCUUCCAAACAUCUUUGUCAGCCAUGUGAGACAGAAGAUACAUUAGUUCCGGCUGUUAAAUGGUGUACAGAAUGCGAAGAGAAUUUGUGUAAAGAAUGUUUCCAGUUUCACAAAAAAGGAAAGGCAACGAAAACUCAUCAUGUGGUUGAUGUAUCAGAAGCGGGUAUCUUCCCCACACUGGAAAACAAACAAUGUUCAAAGCACAACGAUAUGUUGCUGGAUUUAUUUUGCGUCGACCACGAUGCUUUAACUUGUAGGCAGUGCAUGACCGCGGAACAUAGGGCAUGCAGUAAGUUAUUGCCCUUAGACGUUGCGGCGAAAGAUGUUCGUUCAUCCGCGUUAGUCAGCGAUGUAUCAAAAGACCUUAAACUUUCAGUUAAAGCUUUUUGCUCUAUUGAAACCACAAUCGGACAAGAAAUUAAAGGAUUAGAGGACCAAAGAAUAGCUACAAAUCAAACCAUUAAUACUUUUAAAACUCGUUUACAAAAGCACAUUGAGGAGUCGGCCACCGUUUUGAGUGAGCAAAUCGAUAAGGUAUGUACAGAAUACCGACUUCGAUUUCAAGAACAGGAACAUUCUUUAACAGAAUCAAAUAUGUUAUAUACGAAACGUCAAGAGGAAUUAGAAAAGGUUAUUAAACAUGGGUCCGAAAGCCAAGUAUUAAUUCUGGCCCACCAGAUAAAGUUACAACUAACAAAAGAAGCAUCAUUAUCUAUCGAUAAGAGUCAAAAACUUGAUAGGAUUAAAAUACAUUUCCCCGAAAAGCAUGAAUCACCAUCGUUUCCGACCUUAGAGGAUAUUUCAAUUGAGAAAACGCCGUUAAAUAUAGUAUUACACGGUGAGUUCAGUAAAGCUCAAGUGGCAGAAGCCAUUCGCCACAAUGAUUCGGCUAAAACAUUAUAUUGCAAGUCUACGAUUGACUUUCAGUCUAGUUUAGUCCAAGGUAUUGCUGUCACAAAACAAAACAAUGUACUGAUAUGUCGUAUGGAUGACAAUACUGUCUCACGAUGUUUUCCGAAUGGAAGUGUCGACAAAUCAUGUGAAGUGACCGGUAAAGUUUUUGAUAUAUGUGUAAUUGAUGAUACUGACGAGGCCGUUGUAACACUUCCACGAAUAGGAAAAAUACAGUUUAUAAAGUACAUUCCAAUGAAAGUGGACAAAACUGUAAAAACUUUUCCAAAACCGUAUGGUAUUACGUUCUUUAAAGACAGAUUAGUUGUUGGGACGUUUAAAAAGAUGCAGUUUUUUACUAAAGACGGAUGUCCUUUACACAUCGUUGAUGUUCCAUGUGUAGAUAGCACAGCUAUUUGUUUCAUGCACGAGGUUGACAAAAAUCAAAUGUAUGUGUCGUGUCAUUCUUUCUAUGUUAUUACAGAAGAUGGCAAACUUUUAUGUAAGCACAGAUCAUACUGUGACAGAAGAACUAAAGGCAUCUGUAUUGACCGUGAUGGCAGCGUUUAUGUCGCGUCGCAAAAUUCUGUUGUUAGGCUUUCAAAAGAGGGAGAAGAUUUAAACGACAAUAUUUUAGACAAAGAAUACCAAUACGGUGAUAUAUGGGGUAUUGCAUUUAACAGAACAUAUACACAGAUGUAUGCCGCUACCAAUAAUGGCAACCAACUUACAGUGUUUGACUUUAAAUGAUAUAAUUGGUAAUGAAAUCAUGAAAGAAAGCAACGUUAACACGAACUGUACUUAAAAAAAUCAGUUGUUGAUUGAAAGC